AUGGGAUUGCCGCUUAAUAUCUUAUUAGGUCUGCUUUUUUGCUCGAUGGUUGCAUCUCAAAUGUUGCCGCAAAUGAUGAUGGCGCAAGUCAAGAUUACGGAUGAACCCUUCCCAGUUGCAAAUGCUGAGCAACUCAAUCAAGUCGUAUGGACAAUGCUUGGAACAUCAACAAAAGAAGCCAUUUAUUGUGUGUCUGAAGCUCCAGUUUCUCAGCUCCGGUUUGUCUGCACUGAUUGCCUUGAGAAGAAUAUUACCGAUAUGGUGAAUGUAUUGAAUGCUGCACAAGACCUCACAAGACGUGUUGGAUUUCCAACGGUGACACUCAAAAACAUCGCCGUGAAUACAAAUUGGACUGGCGCAACCAUCAUGUGCCAGGCUGCCUUGAAUGGAGGAACUGUCGAUUCUGCUCCAGCAACAGUUGAUGUCAGAUAUCUGAGGCAACCUCACGUUGUAGAUUCCAACGGACACUCGCCUGUCCUUAUCGGAAAUCAAGGAUACCGAUUCUUUGUUGAAUGCGUGCGCGGAGCUGACGGAUUGUGCCAGCAAAGUGGCCGUCGUAAAACUCUCAAAUGCAAUGUUCAAUCACAUCCGCCUGCCACUCAAUACAGAUGGUUGAAAAAUGGCAGUCCAAGUGGAACUGGUGCCGAAAUCACGAUUGGAACGGAAAUGAUCGGUCAAUCGAUUCAAUGUCAAGCAAACAACGGCCUCUACCAGGAAUCGGAAAUGCCAACAUCUCAAGCGGUUCAAAUCGAUCCAUAUUCAUCUGCCAAGCUUAUUCAAGACAAUUUCCAACAACUCCAGUCAACUGCCCCAUUCAUGGCAAACAAUAGAAUAGAAAUGAAUCAACAAAUCAAUCUCGGUUGUCAAGUCGAAGGAAAUCCACGUCCAAUCGUUUAUUGGCGACUCCGUCGUCCAAAUGGUGAAGUAGUUGACGCUGCCUGCCCACAAGGAUUGGAGGGCCAAUACCAGGAAAUUGCUCCAGAAGGAAACAGACAACCAGCAAAUAUUGUGAGACUGACAGCUCUUUGCUCAUUGAGAAUUGCCAAUUACUCUUAUUCUGGACAGUAUUGGUGCGCUGCAUGCUCGCAAGUUAGCCAAGGAGAACCAGAAUGUUCUCCAAGCAGAGAAACUCCAGGAUCUUCGAGUCUUACUGUUCAAGUUAUUGGAGCUCCAAGCAACUCUGAUUCUUCACCUACGAUUGAGCAGCGUGGAAAUGAUGCCAUUAUUACUGUCCAUUACUGUGCUGAACCAAUGCCACGACCACCGCGGGAAGUCGUAUUCAGUGUUGAUCAGAAUGACCUCCAAGUUGGUCAAGCUUGGGAGAACUUCCGCUUCGAGAGCACUGUGUUGAAUAAUACUGUUCCAAACUGCUACAUGGCACGCCUUCAAAUCUCUCCAGUUCGUGAAGAAGAUCAAUAUCGUCAGAUCAGUUUGAAGCUGCAAAAUCAGUUCGGCACAAAACAGAUCCCAGUGUCAUUGGAUGCAUUGUUGGGCGGUGACAGCACUAUGUCAGGAAAAAUCUCAGGAUGGUGGAUUGCACUUAUUGCAGCUGCAGCGGCUCUUCUUCUCUUUAUCUGCAUCGUUACCAUUUGCAUCAAACAGAAAUACAAGGAUCAUUCCGAUUAUAGUGAGCCAAAAGCCAAGGCCAAUUUGCAUUCCAGAGAAAACUUUUUCGAAACAGGCCCAGAAGCUCCACGAUUGUUCGCUCAGCCGCCUACAGAGAAAAAACCUGCUGCUGUGUUCCAUGAAGGCGUUAACUAUGCUGAACUUGAACUUAAAAAUCAAUUAGUUGCUCCACCGAGUGCUAGUACCGUUUCGUUGAGUUCAGUAGCUAGUAGACCUCUAAGGACUUUACCUUCUGUGCAGUCCGAUGUUUAA